AUGUAUGGAUAUGGUUAUCAAGUCUGGCACAAUCAGAAGAUGUGGAGAAUGUUUAAUUGUGUCGUUUGUGCUUGGCAUAUUCUGAAGAUUGGAAUGACGAAGUUUGUUACCUUCGGUGAUGAGAAAUCCACGAGGGACGCUAUCGAAGGGAUGAACGGCCAAGACCUUGACGGACAUAACAUCACCGUUAACGAAGCUCAAUCACGCGGAAGCGGUGGAGGCGGCGGCGCUGGCGGUGGUUUCCGCGGUGGACGUCGUGAGGGAGGCGGCGGAUACGGAGGUGGAGGAUAUGGAGGUGGAAGAUGCGAGGGCGGCGACGAUGGUUAUGGCGGCGACAGUUAUGGUGGUGGCCGUGACCGUGGAUAUGGCGGUGGUGACCGUGGAUACGGUGGUGAUGGCGGAUCACGCUACUCAAGGGGUGGUGGUGACUCUAAUGGAAAUUGGAGGAAUUAGAUAAUUGAGAAGAUGUGGAUUUUAG